UUCUCAAUUUUAUUUCAUUCAUUUAAUUAAUUAAAUAGUGUUUGCAUCCUUAAUUGCGUGCUCAUUUAUGAAAGGAAGAUAGAAAUGUAAUAAUGUUUGCAAAGAUCAUGCGAUUGAACCUGUUCAAUAUGUUUAUUAUUCAUUUAAUCGUCGAUCUUUGAUAACAAAUAGUAAUCUUUUUUUUAUGUUAAUAUAUCAACCUCAUGAAAAUGAUAGUGUCGUUGACAUAAGAGCAUGCGCGAUCUUAUUUUUAGUAGCUUCAAUAUCGUGUAGUUAAUUAUAUUGAAUUCAGUGAAUAUACAUAUUGACACGCAACUGUAGUAGCAUCGGUACAACCACUAUCAUUUUAAGUAUGUAUUCAAGUCUAGUUGAAGCCAGUCUGCAUUAAUGCUUUGUCUUCGACAGAGUUGCAUCUUACAAAAGGAUUACAAAGCAAACAGGUACACGUAGAUUGAUUUAAAUUUCAAUCGACUCGUCACUACUUGGCAAUAACUGUCAACGUGUCAUUAACUGUUUACAACUAAAUUCAACCUCUCUCUUCAAAUAUGUAUUCACAUCUUAAUUCGAUUCAUUUCAAUCUGAAAAAUUAAUAAUCGAAUUUAAAUCGAAAUUUGAUCUUCGCUAUCUUUCGAUAUCUAGGGUAUCUACAUGAUUAACAAAAGAUACAAGAUUACGGCGAUAAAUAAACAUGUGAUUUACCUAACACAUUAAUCCAACAGAAGUAGUUUUAGAUUCGUGCAGUUAUGAUUACCAUUUAUUCGAUUAAAAGUAUUGAUAUUAUAGCCACUGAAAUAAACUCUUCUUGCCAUAAUGGUACCCGGAAGAAUAUUAAUGUCUUCCUUUUUAUGGAAACAAUUUAAUCAUCGUUUACUGCCUAAACAGUUAAUCACUACACAAAAUAAGGCUGUUAUGCUAAUAUAUCCCAGACUGUUAUCAACUUGUGAAGUCACCAAAAAUAUUAAAUUCAUUUCUCAAGAUAAUGACGUUAAAAUAUUAAAAUAUUCAGUACAGAAUUCUAAUUCCUCGGAAAAACGGCCUUUGUUAGUUUUGCUUUGUUGGCUUCUAGCUAAAGAAAAACAUAUUAUGAAAUUUGCUGAUCUGUAUUUACAACAAGGAUUUGAUGUUACAUUAGUAACAAUCACUCCAUGGCAACUUAUGUGGCCUGAAAAAGGUUCCAGGUUAAUUGCAGUAGAUUUGUUGACAUUUUUACUAGAGAAUCAAGAUUAUCAACAAAUUAUCUUACAUGGGUUUUCUGUAGCUGGCUACAUCUGGGGCGAAGUUUUAACUUUUAUACAUGCCGAUCGCGAAAAAUAUAACAAUGUUGUUGAUAGAAUUAUUGGUCAUGUAUGGGACAGUGCUGCAGAUAUUAGCGAAUUUGUUGUAGGUACACCACGUGCCAUUUUUCCUAAUAAUCCUUUGUUACAAUCUAUAAUACGAAAGUAUUUAAUUUAUCACAUGAAAGCGUUUUACAAACAAUCUACACAGUAUUACCUUCGUUCUAGUCAGAUGUUUCAUACAAAUUUGAUACGGAGUCCAGCACUUUUCUUCGUAAGUAAUAAGGAUCCUGUGGGUUUAGUAAGUAGUAACAUGAGAGUUCGAGAUUCCUGGGAUUCCUCAGGUACAAAGACUUAUGUUAAAAUAUUUGAUGGAUCACCCCACGUUGGACAUUAUCGAAAAUAUCCGAAAGAAUAUGUUGAGGAACUUAAUGCAUUCUUAGGAAUGUUAAACUUAAUCAAAAAUAAAGAUAAAAUUACAGCUCAAGGCUAAGCUGAAAUGAAAAAUUGAAUA